AUGGUCGAGUUACGCGCAGCAAAAAGGAGAAAGGUGUCAGGUGUCCAACGUCGAAAAAGCAAGGACAACCAUGAGGAUGACGACGAACAGGACGUGUACGAUGAGCCUUACACACCGUCGAUUGCAUCAGAGAGUGAACGUGAUGGGGAAUUGAUGGCAAUGGAUAUUGAUGGAUCGGAAGAAGCCGACACAGCGCCCAUGGCGACUCCAAAGGCAUCUGGACGACGGUCUGGUGGGAGGCAGCAACGGAAUGAGAACGACACUGUUGGAGAUGAAGAGGCGAACACACCGUCUCGAACCAAUAUCAGAUCGAGCGCACGACAGCGGAAUCCUCCCCAGAGGUAUGGAGAUGAAGUUGCUAAAACAGAGACCCCACGAUCGUCCAAGAGGAGCGUCACGGCGCCUUCCCAAGAAUCACGGUCGACACGAAGCACACGGAAGUCCGUCAGGAGUGCUGUUGAGACCGAAAUCGCUGGCGAUAAAAGCUCACCAGCUUCUGAGACUGGUUUGUCACGCAGAAGAUCGAAACGACUCGCUGUUAGCUUCAGUGCCGCUAAGGAUGAAGGCACCAACGGCCCUACUGCCGCAAACAAGGAAUCAGAUGAGGGCCCUGAGGGCCCACAAGACUCACCUCUCCUCAAUGGGCAUGACGUGGAUGAUGAUGAUCUUGUGGCCGCACAACUACAACACGAUCUUACUAAUGAUGUUGAUGGGCACGAUGAGCCAGUCGUCACUGCUGAUACUCUGCCGGACUAUGCUGAACAGUUCCAGAGCCUUUGCGAGCAGGAUCUCCGCGAAGAGCUUGGAGCGUUGAGCAAGCUAGUUAUGAAGAAACUUAGUGGCAGGAGAUUAGUGCCACUCAAGGGACUACAGACCGAAUACCAGAAAGUAUAUCAAUUGAUAGAGCAAACUGUCACAGCAGGUGAAGGAAACUCGAUGCUGCUCAUGGGAUCGCGGGGAUGUGGUAAAACCACUAUGGUUGAGUCGAUCAUUUCCUCCUUGUCAGAAAGUCACAAGGAUGAGUUCCACGUUGUCCGUCUAAAUGGCUUCUUGCACACCGAUGACCGCUUAGCACUUCGAGAGAUCUGGAGGCAGCUGGGUCGAGAGACCCAUACCGAAGAUGAAGCUGCUAAAAUCAACAGCUACGCCGAUACUAUGGCGACGCUUCUCGCCCUUCUCUCCCAUCCGGAGGAGCUUUUUGGCAAGUCCGGGAAUUCCGACGCAAUAGCCACUGCAAAAUCCGUUGUCAUCAUACUAGAUGAGUUUGAUCUGUUCGCCGCCCAUUCUCGACAGACUCUGUUGUACAAUCUCUUCGAUAUUGCUCAGGCGAAAAAGGCACCGCUGGCGGUGAUCGGGCUGACGACCAAAGUGGAUGUGACGGAAGCCCUGGAGAAGCGAGUCAAGAGCCGUUUCAGCCAUCGAUAUGUGUUUCUGCCAUUAGCAAGGACGUUUGAGACCUUUUCGGAGAUAUGCUUUGCUGGGCUGAGUUUUGAAGAUGGAGAAAUCGACAAAGUCCGUGGCGACGAUGAAGAGGUUUCUCUGCUCAAGUCCGCCAAAGGGAAAUUGCUGCUAGAGGGCUGGAACAACUAUCUCAAGACUAAGUCUGUCAAAGACUUCUUCUCCAGCGCUUUGCUUCCGCUGUCAGCGUUACAUCACAGCACCUAUAAAACAUCAAAUGGCGAGCCCAUGCCUCUGGAAAUUCCCACUCCGAAGGCUUUUACCUCACAGCAAUUGACCUGCCCGGAUCCUGCGCCGCUCCCCUUCGUGCCGUCCACGACUGGCUCAGCUAGCACUACGUCCCUUCCACUGUCUCUUCUGUUGGCUGCCAGCCGUCUGACAGCUCUCCAUGAUCCGGGAGCGGAUCCGACGCAUCCGCAGGGUGUCGCGCCGCUUGCUCUUUCUUUCCCAGCGGCAUACGCCGAAUAUGUGCGUCUCCUGACGUCGGCGAAGGCCAACGCGUCCGCAUCCGGGGCAGCCGCUACACCGGGCCGCGUGUGGGGACGCGAUGUUGCUCGCGAGGCAUGGGAGAAACUGGUCAGCUGGGGCCUAGUCGUUCCGCUGGGGACGGGCAAUGGGACGACGGAUGGCCGGAUGUUCCGCGUCGAGGUCAGUUUCGAGGAGGUUGCUGAAAUGGUCGGUGCAGGAGGUUCUCUGGGCAGGUGGUGGCGUGAGACGUGA